UUCAGAUUUUGCACUGUUAAUAGCAAUUUCUUAUGUUGUGUAUUUGUGCUUAAAUAAAUUUUUGCGAUCAACAGCCACGUGAUUAAACAUCGACCAACCGGCGUCGAGCAUCUUUCACUCUGGAUCUCUAAGGACCAAAUUGUUACCAAUACGGCCGCGCGACUGAAAUUAAGCCACGCCCCUCGAUUUUGGCACAUAGGAUACGUGAUGUACACAUGUGUUGAUACAGGAGUAUUUCAGACAGAAAAUAAUUGUUUGUUGUUUUAAGUGUCUUAGAAUUAUUCUUGAGUACAAAGUAUUUUUGUAAUGAUAUGUUAUUAAUGAUUCUUUGACAGUUUUUGCGUGUAUAAAAGGAUAUUUUCUUCGAUGUUUUGUACAGUUUUUAGUAUGAAUUUCUUUGGGAUUAUAUCGCUGGUUAUAAUAAACUCAAUAAUUGUAAGAAGUGAAGUAAUAAUUAAAAAAGAUGAUGUUAUAUCCAAAAUAAUCGAUUUUACAACAAAUUUAGAAGUUGAUGAUUUGACGGAGGGUAUGCCGAAUAUUUUGGUUAAUGACGUAGUUUCAGAAAAUUUGAAAGAAGCUCUACCAUCUGAAAUACCUGAAAAAAAAAUUCCUAAAAGAACACCUGUAAAAUUAACAAUGAAGCAGGGCCUACUCAUAAACCAAGUUUUAAGUUUCUAUGCCUUAGAAAAGCCAGAGGAUGAAAUUUGUAUGAAACAUACUAAAGAAUUUAAAGAAGCACUUAGAGCUUUUGAACCCUGGGCUUUAAAAAUGUUCGAUUCGAAUUCCAAACUUCAAUCAGGGAUACUUCUUGGUAACUUAUUUGAAUUUGGAUCGUUUCAACAAUGUUUAGAAAUCGACGAAGAAACUGAAAGUGGUCAAAUUCUUGGUAAACAUUGCAGAUUGAAAAUCAAACCUAGUAUGUCCUUGAUGAGGAAUAUUUUGGGAUUUAGAAAUGUAUCUGAUAAAAGGUUUGAAAAAGUAAAAAUUCUAGUUGAACCUCAAGAGGUAAGUUGGUCUGUAUGUGUACCUCAUAGUUGCCCAGCUUAUGACAUAGAAAAACAUUUCAAUAAAAAAAUUAUGGAAAUGUUGGAAGGCUUGGAGUUGAAUAUAAGCUUGCAGGAGAAGCAUUGCAAUAGUAUUUUUCACAAACCAAAAUUUGGAAAAAUGCAAGUUUUUACUUUAAUUUUUUUAGGUUUAUUUUUCCUCACAGGCAUAGUAACAGCUGUUAUUGAUUAUCAAUACAUACAGAAAGGUGAAAUCAAUACAUUUUUCAAUAUCUUUUCGGCAUAUACCAAUUUACAAAAAAUCAACGCCAAAACAGAAUCAGAAUUCGAUUUUUUACACGGGCUUAGAUUCAUGAGUACAUGCUAUGUAGUUUUGGGGCAUAGAUACAUAAUGUUUAUGGCUGAUCCAACAGUAAACGGUUUAGGAAUACUAGAGUGGGAGAUGGAGUACCCUAGUACACUUAUCCUCGGAAGUACAGUCAGUGUAGACUCCUUUUUUAUGAUAAGCGGCAUGCUAGUGGGGGUUGGAUUUUUUGAUCACGUUGAAAAAACAAAAAAGUUUAACUUACAGCUUACAGCUCCUUUAGCCAUCAAUUUGCUGAUAUGGUGUACUUUGGUACAAUUUUUGGGAAGUGGUACUUUAAUGUUUGAUGUGUACACAACCUAUCAAAAACCUUGUCAGGAUUACUGGUGGAGCACCUUAUUGCAUAUACAGUCGUUUAUUAAUCCUGGAAUAUGGUGCAACUACCCCAUAUGGUAUUUAUCCUGCGAAAUGCCUUUCUACUACCUAUCACCAAUAAUGCUAUAUCCGCUAUGGAAAUGGCCAACACUGGGUCUUAUAAAUUGUAUAUGCUUUAUAUUACUUUCAAUUGGUAUAAGUUUUUAUUUGGCUGUUAAAAAUCGUUAUUCUGGAGACAUGUUAGAAGUAACAAGUAGAGUUCUAGUCACAGAUUAUUUCAAAUACUAUUACACACAACCUCAUGUAAGAAUAUCCCCGUACAUCAUAGGCAUAGUUUUUGGUUAUUUUCUCUUUAAAACCAAAGAAAAGAACAUAAAAAUAUCCAAAACAGCUUGCAUUUCUCUUUGGAUGUUAGCUUUAUCCGUAAUGGGGACCACCAUUAUAUCAAGCCGAAUUCUCCAGUUGGAAAAUCAUGAAUAUAAUCCGUAUGAAUCUGCUAGUUAUUUGGCUUUUUCCAGAUCGGCGUGGACGUUGUGUCUUGUAUGGGUUAUAUGGGCUUGUAAGAAUGGAUAUGGAGGAAUAAUAAAUGAUAUUAUGUCAGCCCACUUUUUUCGAGUUUUAAGUAGGAUUUCUUAUUCAGUAUUUUUAUUUCACACAAUUGUUCAACUCUAUAUAGGUGGAAAUAUGAAAGUACCAAUAUAUUUUAGCAAUUUUAAUGCUAUAUAUUACGCUGUAGCAGAUAUUACAAUAGUAACCUUAUGGGGUUUUCUUUUUACAUUAUUUUUCGAAGUACCUCUUCUAAGAGCUGAAGGGCGAUUAUUCAACCCCAAAAAAGUACAGAAAGUAAAACCCAAAGAACCAGUCCAUGUUUCUUCUGCAAACUAA